GUAACUGGCAGCAAUCUUAAAUUAAACGCUUCUAGACAUAUCGAUGGCUUUUUAAAUAAAACUUCGAACCCCGUCAUUUCUGACUUUACAUCUGACUGCGUUGGUACACAAUGAUUACACUAAUACAACUAAGGUUGUGAGGAUAUAUAAAAACUCUACUAUCCCGUGAUGCAUGAUCCUGAACCCUUUAUUGGAAUUUAAACAGAUGCCUUGUCAAGGAAAUAUGUAGAGAACUAAGUUAAUUUUCUUUAAUUGGCAUUAUCAAAUUACGAAUAAUUGGACAUCCGAUUUUGUUUUAGUUCUUAGAUCAUAAAAUUUAUCAAAACUCAAAACUGUAAUUUAUUUACGCACACUUAAGCUAUGUAUUGCUUAAUUCUGUGCAAAGAGACUUUCGGAUCGGGGAACUUGAGUACUGCUUUAUACAUAAGGGAGAUCUUCGAACUAUAUUUAGAAGCUGAAUUCAUAAAAAUUGUUAACAUCAACUGUGAAAGUUCUUUGAAAGACAUAGACAACUUUAAUCGAUCAACUGCAAACCCUAAAUUAGUGAUUGCCCUUCAUUUACGUCAAUGCUCACAUCUUGUCAGUCUGCUAGACAAAAGUAUACCUGUUCUUGCAAUCUGCACUGGGUCUGACAUAAAUAUGGAUAGAACUCAUGCGGUAUAUUUAAAGCUGAUGACAUAUUUAGUUGACCGAAGUUUUGCAGUUGUUUUACUUAACCGACCAAUGUUGAAGCAGUUUAAAGAAACUUGGCCUCAUUAUCCUGGUCAGCUGCAAGUCAUACACCAAGCAAUACGGGUUGACGUUGAGGACGCAAAUCACUAUAAAAAAGACAUUCUGACGGCAAUCGAAUGUAAACUAGGAGUAAAGUUGCAACCGUUCUUCAUUGUUGCUGGUCUUUUGAGAGAUGUGAAAGAUCCAAUGUUCGCGCUUCAAGCAUUCCUAGAAUGGAGAAAUCAAGAUAAAAAAGAGAAUAAGGAUUCGAAAGUGACUUCAACUAUUAAUUAUAAAUCUUAUAAUCUUUUAUAUGUUGGAUCAGUUGAAGAAGAUACAGAAAAUAUACAACAAUUUAUUGAUGAAAUAGAUGGAAAAGUUGUACAUCGAUGUGAUUCAUUAACACAAAAAGAAUUGCAUUCAUUAAUGCUUAGCUCUCAAGCACUGAUCAAUUGUUCAAUCAGUGAAGGCCAGUCUUUGGCUGUAAUGGAGGCUAUGUCUCUUGGAGUUCCGGUCGUGGUGAGAGAAAAUCCAGGUAACUGUGAUCUUAUCAAACAUAGGAAAAAUGGGUUGGUAUUCAGAACAUCCAAGGAGCUGGGAGAAUGUCUAACUUAUCUAGAAGAAAAUCCUGAAAUAAAGAAACAACUAAUUUUCGCAGGGGAAGAGUUUAUGGGAGGCAAAGAAUUCCAAAGAGGAUAUCAAGCGAAAUUAUAUUCACACCUGUUUAAAAAUUGCCGACAAAAACUUGGUACGCAAAACAAAACUGACUAAGUAGCACUUACAAUUCCCAUCACAAACUUAGUUCGGCAAGAAUUCAAAUCACAUACAUGUAUAUUAUCGGCAUUUUAUUAGAUCAAGCAGUUCCUAUAUAUGUGAAGAAAUAUAUCAGCAUGAACAAAUGAGAGGAGAUAAGAACAAGAAGCCGCUGCCUUGAUAUAUGAAAUCAAAAGAAACAAUGACGAACCAAAUUACGGGCGAAGGCAGGAAAUACGAUCAAACAGAUGUACAACAUUCAUUACUUGCACAAUAAACAAAAAAUACCUCAUUUAUACAACAUACACAAGAUAAAUGUUCAUUUAAACGAACGCAAAUCAGAGUAAAAUGAUUAAAAUAUUCAUAUGAAAAAGUCAAAGAUUUACAAGAUUUCAAAUCGAAACGAAGUCGUUUAGGCAUACUGAAACUGCCUGCAGUAAUUUUACAUAUAACUUGAAAGUGAUGACAAAACGACCGGGAUCAAUAGUUUUGGAAUAUUAAUAUCAAUAUGAAAUGCAAAGGGUUAAAGAAAUUAAAUAUAGUAAUGAAUAUGAGAUGACUGAUUUAUUAAAAUGUUGAACAGCAGUUCACGCCAAUACAUGAUUGGCAUUUAUAUGAAUAUAGUUUGAUAUAUAAUUAGGAAAUAAUUCGUUGUACAGCUAAAAAGUAUUAACUGGACUGUUGUCCAAUAAAAACUGAUUACCGGAUAUUAUGGUACAUUUGAAAACCGGCAAUCUACUGGAGCACCAAGAUAAUGAGGUAUGUUGAUAAAAGAAUAGAAGAUACACAAGCAAGAUACAUACAUGAAUCAAUAACAAUUUAAGUGAAUUCUCUGUGGAAGGCUUGAUAACCA